AUGGGUCAACAGGGCCGUCCAGAGUUCGAGAAGCUUGGCAUGAUUGGCGUGGGAAGUAUGGGCGGCAUGAUGUCUCUGUUAUAUGCUGAACACGGAGUCGAGGUUCACUACUACGAUCCAAAUGAGGAAAAUGUCAAGCAGCUUCAAGAACACGCUGAAGCCAUCCAGGCCCGUGACCGUAUUGUGCACCAGAAAGACUAUAAAGAGCUCUGCGAGAGCAUCUCUUCGCCAGGUUCACCCAAAAUAUUCGUAUUCAGCAUACCUCAUGGUUCUGUUGGAGACGAAACCGUUGAAAAUCUGCGCCCAUAUCUAAAGGCUGGUGACAUUAUACUCGACUGCUCAAAUGAGGACUGGCGAAACACAGAGCGGCGACAAAAAGCCCUUGAUCAUGACGGCAUUCACUAUAUUGGCUGCGGUGUAAGCGGCGGAUACCAAAGUGCCAGACACGGCCCUUCGAUGUCUCCCGGUGGCGAUGCCGAGACCUUGAAGAAGAUCGUCCCGUUCUUGGAGCGAGUCGCCGCGAAAGACAAGCAAGGUCGCCCGUGCACGACCGGCAUAGGACCAGCGGGUAGCGGGCAUUAUGUGAAGAUGGUGCACAAUGGCAUCGAACAAGGCAUGAUGUCCGCCAUCGCCGAGGUUUGGUUCAUCUUGAAUAGAUGCUUGAAGAUGUCUUACGAAGAGAUUGCCGACACGUUCGAGUCGUGGAAUGGGAGCGGGCCUCUCCGAGAUAAUUUCCUGGUGGCCAUCGGCGCGGACAUCAACCGUACCAGGGACGAGGAAGGGAGUUUCGUGCUGGCCAAUGUUUUGGACAAAGUUGUUCAAGACGUGGACAACUCUGAAGGUACCGGCGUCUGGACUUGCGAGGAGACGAUCCGUCUGCACGUCCCCUCGCCCACGAUCGUCAGCGCACACCUGUUCCGCCUCGCUUCAGCAGACGCGGCCAAGCGGGAGCGGGUCAACCACGCGUUCGGGGGCAGUACCUCGCAGCCGGCCACCAUCCAGUUGGAGGUGCCGCACGAGAAAGCCUUGCCGUCAUUCAUCGAGGACCUGAAGCUCUCCCUGUAUGCCGCCUUCCUCUGCGCAUUCCUCCAGGGGCUCAGCAUCAUCAAAGCCAAAGACCGCGAGCAGGGCUGGAAUCUGGAUUACCGGGCGAUCCUGCAGAUCUGGCGCGGCGGCUGCAUCAUCCAGAGCGACCACAUCUCGGACCUGCUGGACCGCGUCCUGUCACAGUCCGAGACGCUCAACGAGGACGAUCUCCUCGCGCACGCCACCGUCGCGGCAGAAUUGGGCGCGUGUGUCGCGUCGCUCAAGAGCGUGGUCAUCAAAUCCCUCGUGGCCGACGCCUCCAUCCCCGCCCUCUCCGCCACGCUCGAAUACAUCAAGUACUCGAGCUCGACGGAGCUGCCCACGCAGUUCAUGGAGGCCGAGCUCGACUACUUUGGCGCGCACAGCUUCGACCUCAAGUCCGAGGGACCGGGCAGGCCGCUCAAGGGGUCCCACCACUACGAGUGGAAGCCGCCGCGAGGGAUCUUUGGCGACAAAUUAGACGGAACGAGAUAA